AUGGCUGCCCUUGGGUAUGGUUAUACCAUCAGUGAAGUUGUAGCAAGUGCUACAAACUAUGCAGUGUUCCUUGGUAAAAGGCCAAAUGAUAAACCUUUGUCUGUGAAAUGGUUUAAGGGUUUCCAGCAGCGAUGGCCUGAGUUGCGAGUUGUUCGUCCGAGGGCACUGUCCAACUACAGAGCUGAAGCCACAUCAGAGGCCAAUGUUCAUGAAUAUUUCAACAAUUUGAUGAGCGUUGUUGAAAAACAUGACCUCCACAACAAACCUGAGUGUGUCUAUAACAUUGACGAAAAAGGUAUCCAAACAGAGCAUACCCCACCAUUCAUAAUAAGUGGCACAUUGAAGGCACCAGCAGUUACUUCGUCAAGGUCCUGCGUUACAACAAUAAUUGGAUGUGGAAACGCAUUAGGCACACAGCUUCCACCAUUCUUUGUUUUCAAAGGGAAACGCCUGAAUGCAGAUCUGUUACAAGGGUCUACACAAGGGUCAUCAGGGUGUAUGUCUGACAGUGGCUGGUCAAAUUCAGCUGUGUUUUUACACUACAUGGACACCCAUUUCCUCAGAUAUGUGCAAAGAGUGGACAAGUCACAGCCUAUCCUUGUUCUGCUUGAUGGUCAUAAAAGCCACAUAAAUGUUCCAGUGCUGGAUUGGGCAAAGAAGAAUAACAUUAUUCUAUUCAUCUUACCGGCCCACACAAGCCAUGUCCUUCAACCCCUUGAUGUGGGUUGUUUUGGACCCCUUCAAAAAAUCUACAACUCCAUGUGUCACAGAUUUAUCAGAGAAAAUCCCUCUACAAAAAUAACAAGGUACAAUGUUGCUCCUCUUGGAUCUGCUGCAUACGUAGCAGCAUUGUCUGUGGAAAAUCUUCGAUCUGCCUUCAAGAAAUCAGGUGUUUUUCCUGUUGACGAGUCAGCUGUUAGCAAGGAGCAUUUUACCACUUCGCUACCAUAUGUUGCUGCACCAUCUGUUCCUGAAAUCAACAAAAACAUGCAUGAAAGAAAUCCUGAUGUUUUCUUAUAUGAAGCAGAAGUUGUCAUUAACAAAAAGAAAGAAUUCAACAAUGCAAAGAAAAAGAAUAACAUUCUUGAAUUUACAUCUGGCAAAGAAAUAACAGAUCCGAUAAUUGAACAGAAACUCAGGGAAAGAGCUGAAACAACAAAUGAACAGAAAAACAAGCAACAAACUGAACAAUCCAACAAACAUUCGAAGCUUAUGCCCACAAAAGAAACAGUUUCACAAACAAGGAACAAACAACUGAAAAAAAAAACAAUCAACAAAACAACACACUUACCCAGAGCCUGGACCCUCCCAUCUAAACACUGA